GCAGAGAUCAUCAUCGCUGGACUACAUUUCUUUCCAUUGAACGAUACAUGUAGUCAGUCCACCUUCCGAUAAGUUGCAGCCCGUGCGAAAAACGAAAAUUCGAUCAAAGAUGUCUGCCAACAACCAAAGCAAUGGCAGCGGCGUCCAUAAGAAGAAGAGUUUGAUUCUGAAUGCCUUUGUCGAGAUGUGCAGCGGCCACCAGUCGCCCGGCCUCUGGAAGCACCCACAAGACCAAUCGGCCAACUUCAACGAUAUCGAGCAUUGGGUCGAGCUGGCCAAGUUGUUGGAAAAAGCGAAGAUUCAUGGCAUUUUCAUCGCGGAUGUCUUGGGCGGGUACGAUGUCUACCAGGGGCCGAGAAAUCUCGAUCCUGCGAUUCGGUCGGCAGCGCAAUGGCCUGUCAAUGAGCCCUUGGCCGUCGUCCCUGCAAUGGCAGCAGCAACCAAAAGCAUAGGAAUCGGAGUAACGGUCGCGACGACCUACGAGCCACCUUAUCAUCUCGCACGGCGCCUCUCGACCAUCGACCAUCUGUCCAAGGGCCGCUUUGGCUGGAACAUCGUCACGGGAUACCUCGACUCGGCCGCCCGAAACCUGAUUGGCAAGGAACAACCGCUCCACGACAACCGCUACGAAGUCGCGGAGGAAUACAUGAAAGUCAUGUACAAGCUGUUCGAAGCGUCGUGGCGCGACGACGCCGUCAUCAAGGACGUCAAGAAAGACAUGUUCAGCUCUCCCGACCGCAUCCGCGAGAUCAACCAUGUGGGCAAGUACUACAACGUCCCAGGCCCGCACAUUUGCCAGCCGUCGCCGCAGCGCACGCCGCUGUUGCUGCAAGCGGGCACGUCGAAGGCCGGCAAGACGUUUGCGGCACAGCAUGCCGAGGCGGUGUUUGUGGCCGGACAUUCGCCUAGUGUGGUUGCGCAGAAUAUUGCGGAGAUCCGCAAGAUGGCGCAUGAGCAGUUUGGUCGUGAUCCGCACAGCUUGAAGUUCCUUGCCAUGUUUUGCCCCGUCAUUGGUGAGACGGAGGAGGAGGCUGUGCGGAAGUUUGAGGACUAUCAGCAAUAUGGAUCGAUUGAGGGAGCCUUGGCAUUGUUCGGUGGUUGGACAGGGAUUGACAUGGCACCCUAUGGAGACGAUGAAGAACUCCGACAAGUCGAGAGCAACGCAAUCCGCUCAGCAGUUGAAGCGUGGUCGAAGUCGAGCCCCGGCAUCGCAAAGUGGACGAAGCACACGGUCGCCAAACACAUCACCGUCGGCGGACUCGGCGCCACCCCGGUCGGGACACCGAGUCAGAUUGCAGAUGAGAUGCAGCGGUGGGUGGAUGAGGCGGAUGUCGACGGCUUCAACCUGCCCUAUGCCAUCUUCCCGUCGUCGUUCGAGGACAUCUGCAAUCUGCUGGUGCCGGAGCUGAGGAAGCGGGGAGUGUUUCAUGAAGACUAUGAAGUGCCGGGAGGCACGUAUCGAGAGAAUUUCUACUCCAAGGCCGGCCAAAAGCUGACACUCCCCGAGCAUGUUGCCUCUACAUAUCGCUGGAAGGCCGGGGUGGAUCAAGCGGAUGCUCCGAUUCCUGAAUGAUUCUGGAUGGCUAUCGAAUGGGUCCAUAGUUGUGAGCAGACCAGACCAGGUAGAUUAAAAGGGACGGCUGGCGCUUCUCACCCACCAUGAUGAUGUGCAUGCAGUGGCCGUGGAGCAGUUCAGCCUCGUCAGAGGCGUCAAGACCUCAACUGCCAGAGCCAGCAGGCUGGAUCUGCGCGCUCGCUUGUUCUGCGCCGCAUAGAAGCCGCAGACGCGUCGAUUGGCCCUCACGAGCAACGGUAUUUGGCAUUUCCCCCGAGGGAGGCCCAACCCCUGAACGAGACGUGGGAGAAGUCCGGGAAGGGCGGGUCUGAU